UCGUACGAGAAAAUAAAUGUCGGCCGCAUAACUACUGCGUAAGGUUUUCACUAUAGUUUUCAGUCUCUGAACCAUAUCAAUUCCUAAUAUUGUUGUUUUUCAACUUGUAAUUUUGUCACUGUCGUCAACUAAGACUAACGAAUAAUAACAAUCCAUCUUUGAUAUUUCAAUAAUUAUACAUUUUACAUUUUUUUUUUUUAAAUUUCAUAAAUAGUAGUUGAUCGUUGGUUAUUGUUUGGGUUGAAAACACACUGUUUACUUAGAUAACUGUACUGUAUUUUACGCUUUAGAUCCAUUACAAUCAUAAUAUAUUUGCACAUAUUUUGACAUGUAUGUGCAAGUAUCAGCAAGUGAAAACAGUGAUCCCAUUGAUAUGCCUACAGAAGAUGACAACAGUCUUCUAUUAUCUACUUUAGAAGCACAAUAUCCUGGGAUAAUUGGUUUGAAGUAUCGUGUUAAUAAUAGGUUACGUAUAGUACGUCUCAAUGAAGGUAAAUUGUACCCUCCUGAAGAUGGCUGGUUAGAUCGUAUGUAUUUGUGUAAUUUUCGUAAUACACCUACAGAAAAACGUAAGCACAGUGAAAUUGAUGAUUGUAAUAAGGCAGAAGAUGAUAACAGUGUUUCUGAUAUGGAUUUGGUUGUACUGGGUUUACCAUGGAAGGUAACUGAAGAGGAUUUGAAAAAAUAUUUCACCAAAUUUGGUCAAGUAGAAUAUACUCAAAUUAAGACUGAUCUUAAUGGUAAAUCAAAAGGGUAUGGAUUUGUCAGGUUUAAGCACAAGAAGUCUCAAGUCCGUGUUAUGCUUGAACGACACAACAUUGAAGGUCGGUGGUGUGAUGUACGUAUACCAAAUAGUAAAGACAAACAUGUAAAUAAAGUUCCGCGUAAGGUAUUUAUAGGUCAAGUGUCUGAAGAAGUGGAUGAAGAAGCAUUAAAAAAUUAUUUUAUCAAAUUUGGAGAAAUAUCAGAUUUAUUUUUACCCAGGCCACAUAGAGGUUUUGCAUUUGUGACGUUUACUGACCCUCUAUCAGCUCAAAAAGUUAUUGGUAAAGAUCAUAAAGUUGGCGAUUGCAGUGUAGUAUGUACAGAAGCUAUACCAAAAAAAGAAAUGGCUCCCAAAUGGAAUGAUUAUGAUAGUAGAGACAGAGUUAAGGAUAGGAGAAGAGACCGAUCUCCCAAUCAGCCACAAGCCUGGUCCCAAGAUAACAUAUGGGACUAUGAUCAGGAAUACUAUGACCGGCUAUAUAGCCGAGGAAGUGGGCAUCAAUCAGUCAAUAAUAGUUAUACAAAUGAUAAGAAUAUAAAUUCAGACAUGGUAGCAGCUGCAGUAAACAAAGCAGUAAUGGGAGUAAUUGGAAAUUUGAAAGGACAGGGUAAUCAAGGUGAUAAAUUACCGGGAACUGAUGAUUGGUGGAUGAGGAGAUGAAUAAGUUAUUGAAAUCAAAUAUUAUCUUUGAGACAUUUAUAAAUAAAUAUCUCUCAAGCUAGUAUUGAUAUUUUAGAAUUGAUUUUGAUUACCCAAAAAGAAUGGGGUAAAUAUUGAUAAUUACAGAUAAUUAAUUAAAAGUUAAUACACCAGUCAUUGACUAUCACAUGUAAGUUCCUCGAUAUUUUUCUUACUAUAGGUACAAAACAAACUGUAUUGAAAUUAAAUUUCUUUUUAAUAUGUUUUAUAGAUAAUUUGUGUAUCUAUUUAAAUUGUUGACAAUUUUAUAUCUGUAUUGUCACAAUUUUUUUUUUAUUAAUAUCUUUAAACAAAAUCUAAGUUUACAUUACAUCACAAAUUAUCCACAUUUAAUUUAUUAAGAAAAAAAGAAAGAAGAAGUAUAAUUGUUAUAUUUUAUCUAUUGUAAUUUUUGUCUUUUUUAAA